UUGCAGUUGCAACUGCAGUACUCAACCCUCUCUGCAUCCUCCCAGCUCCCCCACCAGUACACCAGUUUACCUCUAGGGGUCAUCAGGCAGGAUUUACGACUGGACAACAAAAGCACGUGAUUGCAAGUCGUACCCCAUAUUUGGGUGCCUACGUAGGAGGCAACCAAGUACAUGUCCCAGUCAUUUCCAUAAUUCAUCAUAAAUUGUGCAAGGGUGCUAUAGACGCACAAAACGACCAAGAGCCACAAAUCAAGCACACAUAUCAAAAAACAAAUGAGCUCUUAUUUUGUAAACUCAUUUUGCGGUCGCUAUCCAAAUGGCCCGGACUACCAGUUACAUAAUUAUGGAGAUCACAGCUCGGUGAGCGAGCAAUACAGGGAUUCAACAAGCAUGCAUUCCAGCAGGUACGGAUACGGCUACAAUGGCAUGGAUCUCAGCGUUGGGCGAUCAGCUUCCAACCACUUUAGUGCCAAUGACAGAGCAAGAAAUUAUCCAUCCAACCCAGCCUCCUCUACAGAGCCAAGGUAUAACCAACCUGCAACCUCUUCCCACUCGCCUCCACCUGACCCUCUCCCCUGCACUGCUGUGUCCACCCCGCCUGUCAGCGAGAGCCACCCAGGAAUCAAAAACUCUCUAAGUAACCCCAACAGCACCACGUCCAAUUCCAGCAGCAGCACCAGCAGCAGCAAUAGUAAUAGCAGCCACAUUGCCAGGGAAGGGCUGGGUGCUGCUUCUCCUGGUGCUGAGGAUGACACACCAGCUAGCAGCGAACAGGCAAGUUCACAGAACGGCCAGAGCCCUGCUUCAUCAGUCCAGCCCCAGAUCUACCCCUGGAUGAGAAAACUGCACAUAAGUCAUGACAACAUAGGGGGACCAGAAGGGAAGAGGGCUAGGACAGCUUAUACUCGCUACCAAACACUUGAGCUGGAGAAGGAAUUUCAUUUCAAUAGGUAUCUGACACGCCGAAGGAGGAUUGAAAUAGCCCAUGCUCUUUGCCUAUCCGAGAGACAAAUAAAAAUCUGGUUUCAGAACAGAAGGAUGAAAUGGAAAAAGGAUAACAAGCUGAAAAGUAUGAGUAUGGCUGCUGCAGGAGGAACAUUCCGCCCAUAGAUGUCUGGUCUAUGUAAAGUACUGGUCCAGUAUUAGAACAUGGUCACAAUAGACUUUCUAGGACUCUUGCUUGUGACUUGAGCCUGUCCCCCUGUCCCCUUUAUAUUCCAGCCAUGAGCCCCUCUGCUGGGUGAAUAUAGCUACAGAUGCUUUAUGUGUGUUCUGUUUUGGAUGGCUAUGUCUUGACCAUUUUAAAUGUUUUAACUUAUUUGAGUAUGUAAAACGCUAUGUGUUACUUGAAAGCAACAGAACUAAAAAAAAAAUGUUUUUAAAUGUUCUGUUCUGUGUUGCAUUCUAUUUGUAAGUAAAAAAAAUAACUAUAUGUUUGUGAAAUGUAACUAUGUGCGAAUGCCUACAAACCGUCUACCUAAUUUUGAAGAAACUACCUAUGAUACCUGUGAAUAACUAUGUUGUAGAGGUGACUUGUUCAAUCCAGUUUAUCUUGUAUUAUUGUGGUGAGUAGUGAAGCGGUGACACAAACUGUGAUGCCAUACAGUUAGUGCUAGCUGUGCCUUUGUAUCUCAUAACUCUGCACGACCUCCUGUAAAGUGGCUGCACUUGCAGCUAAGUGUAUGUAAUAUGUGUUUGGUUCACAAAGUUAACGAUAUAGUCAAGCUUGGCUGUUUUAUGCAGUUGGUAUAAAUAUAUAUUUUAUUUUAUUUUUUUUGUAAUUUUUUUUCAUGAAAACAAAAAUAUGACUGGAAAAAAAAUAAACUUUCUACUGAAAAUAUUGAUUUGCGUCUCUCAAGUAAUACUAUGUCUACUUUUGGGGUAGGGUUGUACAUUGAUUGAUGGAUUCUAUUGUGUACACGAAAAUCAAGCGAUAACAGGGCAACUUCACAGAAGCUUUGAAAAAUAAACUCUUAGAAGUGAAAAUGUUUAGGGUGUAAG